AUCCUCUGAAAGGUCCCAGUCUGUCUCCCAUCUGCAUCUCUGGCAUCGAUUCACUGGCCUGUUGCUGGACAGGCUGCAUGACAGGCUGCUCCCUCGCCCGCCGAGUCGCUCCCAGUAACGUUACCACCUUUUAUCUUCCAGAAGAGCUGGUUCAACGACUAACGUUACACCCACAGUUUUGCGAGCGAAGCAGGGAUUAAAUACAGCUAUGUCUGAAGAGGUUGACGCAACAAGAACUUCGGAGGAAAAGCAGGAAAUGGAGGACAAAGUAAUCAGUCCAGAGAAAGCAGAGGAGGCCAAACUGAAGGCCAGGUAUCCUAACCUGGCAGCCAAGCCUGGCGGCUCAGACUUGCUCAGGAAGAGACUUCAGAAGGGGCCAAAGUACUUUGACUCUGGUGACUACAACAUGGCCAAGGCUAAAAUGAAGAAUAAACAACUGCCAUCAGCCCCAACGGAGAAGACUGAGAUCACAGGGGGGCACAUCCCAACACCUCAGGACCUGCCUCAAAGAAAGACUUCAAUCGUGGCCAGCAAACUGGCUGGUUGAUAGUUUUAUGUUUACUGUAUUGUUACCAUUCCAACCCCCACCUCAUAUUUACCUGCUGUUUUUGUUUGUUUUUCACCUUUUUUAUAUGUAUUCUCUAAGAACAAGUUAUGUAUCAAGCCAAAUUCUUGAGAGAAAUUGGCAACUGUCAGGCACUGACUUGACAGUGAGUUAAAUCCAACAAAACGUAGCUGAAUGUUUUCUCAAGAUCUUAAAAAAAAAAAAACUGAAUAGUGAUUGAUUAUCAAAAAUAUUAUAAAUAUGAAUGAAAGGUAAUGCUAUCUUCUCAUAACAUUUUCAACUUUUUUAAGGAUAUAUGCCUCCAUACAAAUUGCCUGUCUAACAGCAGCUGAAGAGCUUGCGCAGAGAAAUCCUGUUCUGCCAUGUUACUGAUAAUUACAGAGGCAGAAAUACUUGAGUCAAGACCACAGACAGUUUGUAUUGAUGUAUAUGUAAAGUAGAAGUAAUAUUUACAGAUAUGCCUUAGUUUGAAAUGGAUUUGAGUAAUCAACUGCUCGUAUGGAGGCAUGUCUGUUUAUAUAGUGAAAAGUGAUGUAAUCCUGCUUUUUUUUUUUUUUUUUUUUGGUUUUCUAAUCCUUGAUUGUGUCCCUUCCUCUCUCUGCGAAGCUGUUCGAUUCUGUGCUGUCAAAGUACUGAAGAUUAGAUCACACACACUUUGUAGCCAGUUGUAUUUUAAUUAAUUUUAGUGACAUUGGUUUGCAAGGACUUUCUGCUGGUCUCCAUCUCAUUCUGAUCUCUAAAAUGGCCUUAAAAGUAAUGAACCGUUGUUCCUCUUGAGCAAUAUUUGCUCCCUCAGUGAGAAUCUUAGUUAUGAAUUUUGCCUGAAAUGUCUGUCACUGUCUGACUGGAAUCACUUAGGAUUUUAUGGAAAGAAACUCCCAUGACAUGUCUGGAGUGUGCAUGUGCAUUUACUGUGCAGUCACACUGUGCCAUUUGUUUUGUAAAUAAAAUAGUUUUGCAUAAUAUGUUAUAAGUACACUUAUUCAAAUCAAUGUGUCUUUGCAUUUAUUUUUUACACUUAAAUGUUACUAAAACUACCUGCACUAAAAAGAGCAUCUU